UAUUAAAACCUACUUUCCAGAGAUUGUUUCCUUGUCUCUGUAUUUGGCAAAGUUAGUUGCUGAUCAGCUCGAUGUGAUUGAAAAAAAAAACCAAACCAACAAAGCACAAUCCAGCCACUUUCAGUCUUCAUUAAAGCCCAUCAUUUUCUCCCUGCUUUGUGCUCCUGGUCAUUACAGGUGGGACUGUGGAAGAGCCAUGCCAGCCAUAGAGAAGGAGGAUCCUGCUUCAUAGGGAGGAAGAGACCAUUAACACAGAAGCACGCCCAGACCAAGUGCCUCCAAAGUGUCCUGGAGGAAAUGGAGCUCAUGCGGAGCUCCAGGGAUGGGCAGAUUGAAGAAGCCAUCAGGUUCAGCCAGGAGCUGGAGAAGGAGCUGAAGAGCUCUCAGGAAGCUCUGGUCAGCCUGGAAGAUUGCAACCGUAACCUGAAGAGGGAGCAGGCAGAGACGAGGAGGAAGGUGGAAGAGGCCAGACACGCUGUCCUGAACAGUCUUGGCAAAGUGAAGGAGCUGGAAGUGAGAGCUAAGGAGGUGCCACAUCUGCAAAUACACAUCCAGCAGCUGGAAUCACAACUGCAGCACUACAGGUCGGAACUGGAGCGAUGCCAGCUGGCCCAGCAGAGCAGUCCCGAGCAGCAGCAGCAGCAGCAGCAGCAGCAGCAGCAGCAGCAGCAGCAGAGCAGCCCUGAGCAGCAGCAGCAGCAGGAGCAGCAGGAGGGAGCAGCCGUGCCCGGGGGCACCCGCGGAGCGUCCGUGGCACCGCCAGGCACCGCCGACCACGCAGAGGAGCAGCUCUUCCGCUCCGUGGAGGGCCAGGCUGCCUCGGACGAGGAGGAGGAGCAGUGGCCAGGGGGCCACGGGAAGAGGAUCCUGGCCAAGCUGCCUUGCUGUGGCAGUGGAUGUGAUGAAAAGACGUGGAGAAAGCUGCUGUCCUACCUGGAGACCACCAGCACUGAGGGAAAGGACUCUGUGGGGCUCUCGGGGACAAUCUGCCCCCUCAGAGAGCAGCCAGAACUCAAGGGCCACCAAGAGAAAAAACUGGAAACAAGCAUGGAAGAGGUAACAGGUGCCAAGCAGAGUGUGAAAGAGCUGUUUAUGCAUCUUUGGGGAGCUGCAUCUAUGUGUAUGAAGGGCCCCUGGCUCGGAGAGCUGCAGCAGAAGGUGGAGGAGACAGAAAUGCUGAAGAUGGAGCUGCAGAUGCUGGAGACAGAGAGGGUUCGGCUGUCCCUGGUGGAAGAGAAGCUCCUGGAUGUUCUGCAGCUUCUCCAACAGCUCCGAGACUUGAACAUUUCGAAGCGAGCCCUGGGGAAAAUCCUGCUGAGCACUUUGGAAUCCUGCCGUGACCCCCAGCCUGGCAAAGCCCAGCUGUUGGAAGUGCUAGACACCCUUCAGCAGGAGCUGGCAGCCUGUGAACUGUUGCACAAGCAGCCCUUGGAGCAGGCACAGAGCCCACGGUCCCUUUCCAACCCCCUGGUGAUUUCCUGCUGAGCCCAGGAAGCCCCAGAUCAGCUGGAAGGAGGAAUGAGGGACAUUUGUCCAGCUCAGCCACGCCUGGACUGGCCAGAAGCAAGGAGUGACCCAAGGGAGGAGCAGCAGCCCUGGGCUGGGCACAGUCCUGCCUUACCUGGACUGCAAAGCCCAGCCCUGGCAUGCCCCUGGGACUGGGCUGGCACCCAAAUGUGCCCACCACACCCACCUGACCCACAGGGAUUACAGCUCUGCAAAACUGGGACUGGACUGGCACCAAACUGUGCCCACCACCUUCACCUGACCCACAGGGAUUACAGCUCUGCAAAACUGGGGCUGGACUGGCACCAAACUGUGCCCACCACACCCACCUGACCCACAGGGAUUACAGCUCUGCAAAACUGGGGCUGGACUGGCACCAAACUGUGCCCACCACCCUCACCUGACCCACAGUGAUUUACAGCCCUGGCUAUGCAGGGGCUGGGCACAGUUUGCAGCCUUUGUGGAAGCCCCACUCCAAAGCCAAGGCAGCCUGUGUUUUCCCUGGAUUUGUUAAUCCCUUACCCUGCAGGUGACAAACACACCCAGGAGUGUGUGCCAGCAGUGCAGGUUUUAAGGGCUUUGUGUUUCUCACUCAGUUAUUCACUUUAUUUAACUCUGAAGCUAGAUUUUUUUAUUGCUUUGCUGAAUUUUAUAUUUGCAGUUAUAGAGAUGCCUUAGGAAUAUGCAACAGCUUUUCCUGACAACAGUCAGAUUUUACAUAAGAAGUUAAAUUUAAGUGCUUGAAGAAGGUCCAAAGCAAUCUUGUUCCCAGGCUCUCAGGGAAAGGAAGGGCUGGAAAAUUCACUUUGCUGUCACUCUGUGUUAGCAAACAACUUGUGCAGUGCACAAGUAAUUUCUAAAUUUUAAUUUCCCUCAGUGCAGCUGCAGAGACACAAAAUUAGGCCCCACAUGGAGGCCAAUUAAUGUAAAGAGCUGGGUCUAAUCAUGGUGCCGUGGUAUGUUUUAAUCAGCAAUAAAAUAAUUCCUGAGGCAAAAGUAAAAAAAAAAAAAAAUAGUUUUCUUCCAAGGUGCUUUUGUUGUGUCAUUCACCUGCCAAACAGGGGCAGAGUUCCUAAAAGCCAGCUGAAUUUAUGUUACUGAAAAGAUGCACUGUGGAUCUUUGAAGAAUGUGAUUUGCCUGAGAGAAUGCCAGUGAUGAAAUACGACCAUUCAACUGUAUGGGUAUGAAUUUUUGCCAGGAAAAAGGUUUUCAUACAGGAAUAAGGUCCACAGUGCAAGCUGGGGAAUAAAAUUUCCAUCCCUUUCCACACUGUGUGGCUCACACACACCUCCACUGAAAAUUGUGGCACCUUUGAGCCAUAAUAGGAACAAAAAUUUGUAUUACUUUAAUUUCAUUUUAAAGGAGAGAACAAAAGGUGUUAUGCAAACAAUGAAACAAACUCUGUCCAGUGGUGUUUUACCUCGUUGGGUUUUUUUUUAUUUUGGGGGGUUUUUGUGGUUUAGCAGAGGAAGAUUGUAAGAAUAGGUCUAUAUUGUUAAUGUACAUUUUUCUCAAAGAUACAUUAGACAGGAUAUUUAUACAUAGAACAAUAUUCACCCUUCAAGAAAGAAAACUGUCUCUUAAUGCUAAAUAUAUUACUAACAAAAUACCAGAGCAUAAUAUAUGGUUAGUGAGUAUAUAUUGAGGCACAUGCUAGGAUUAUAUCCAGAAACAGCCUCUAGUUGUGCUACAAGUAAAAGUUUAAAUGAGCAGAAAUCAGAUCUCUGCUUGGCUUCAUUUGCUAAAAAUCCCAUGAAGUAUCAGCUUUUGUUGUGUGCAACUCUCAGACUUUCCCAGGAAUGUGGCAGAGGUGUAAGGAGGGAAAAUGCCAGGAAAUGAUGAAAUGAGCCUGAUCUGUGUGUUCAGGAGCAAGAUUCUAAUGCAGGCACACACCUGGCUCUGGAUUCUAAUUUACUGCAGGGUUCUUGCAGCAUUUGGAUUUGUCACCACCUGGAUCCUUUCUCCUGUUCCCAUGUCCCCCAAACCUGGAGUCUGUUUCUCACACACUUUGUAUUUCCUUAGAUCCCCACCAACUCACUUUUAGUUUAUUCAUUUUCUAUUAAACCUGCAAACUGGCUCUAAAAAGAAGCUUGGGUAUUUUUCCCCCUGACCUCCACCAUGAAGUUUUUGGGGUUUUUUCCACAAAUGAUUUGACUUCAUCCUCAAUGUCCCUUCCCCUCCCAACGCCCUCUUCACUUCCCAUUUGGCAAAUUUCUCCUCUGAGGGGUUCACAUUUCUAGCACAAAUGGCAUUUUUCAAGGAGAGUUUCCUCCUCACAUGAUUUUUUUGUUUACAGGAGGCACUAACUAUUAAAUUAAAGCCCACCUGAUCUGUAAAUUUGUUUAAUAAUUAUCCCAUUUAUUUUUGAAGCUCUCUCUGGAGUAUUUGGCAGUGAGGACUCGUCACAGCUGUUACUCUGAGUCACAGAAUUUUUGCAGCAGAGUGGCCUUGUCCAGCCAGAGCUGCUCUGAGGGGUUCAGUGCAUCUGUGCACACUUUGGCAGGAAAAAACCCUGGAAUUCAAACUCCUCCCUUCCAGGAUACUGUCCUUAAUCUGUACAUGGUGAUGGAAGGAGCUGGGAUUAGGAGGAAAGGAGCACUUUUAAAAUAAAAAUGGAAUAAAAUGGAAUUGCUCAGUGUGAGAGUGACACUAAACCUUCACAGGGUGCAUGUGACAUGUGGCAUUACCAGCCCCAGGGCCGCUCUCAGAUUUAUAAUUUCAUGGCGUUUAAGACACUGAAUCCGUUGGUAUUUACACUGUCUUAUUGUCUUAAUAAUUUUAUGUAUAAUUCCCCAAGAUACAAAAGCUAUAGAGUGUGUUUCCUAGUGUGAAAUUUAAUUAAAAUCAUCCUUAUGUCCUUAA